AGCUAUAUAAAAUAAGGCAGCAGCAGGUAGGGUUUUCGAGUUUUCCCUUCCCCAGCCGUCCAUCACUAUUUCACUGCUACCCUGCAGCUCGCAGUUCCUCGCGACCACCACAAACUCCAAUCAUGGCCGUCGGGAAGAACAAGAGAAUUUCCAAGGGAAAGAAGGGAGGAAAGAAGAAGGCAGCUGAUCCAUUUUCAAAGAAGGAUUGGUAUGAUAUCAAGGCUCCUUCAGUUUUCUCGGUCAAAAACGUCGGCAAGACUCUUGUUACUCGUACUCAGGGUACCAAGAUUGCUUCAGAAGGUCUCAAACAUCGUGUUUUUGAGAUCUCACUUGCAGACCUUCAGGGUGAUGAGGAUCAUGCUUACAGAAAGAUCCGUUUGAGAGCUGAAGAUGUUCAAGGAAGGAAUGUUUUGACAAACUUCUGGGGAAUGAAUUUUACCAAUGACAAAUUGAGGUCUUUGGUGAGGAAAUGGCAAACUUUGAUUGAAGCUCAUGUUGAUGUGAAAACCACUGAUAACUACACUUUGAGGAUGUUCUGCAUCGGGUUCACUAAAAGGCGUCCCAACCAGAUCAAGAGGACUACCUAUGCUCAGUCCAGCCAAAUAAGACAAAUACGCCGCAAAAUGAGGGAAAUUAUGACAGCCCAAGCAACUUCUUGUGAUCUCAAGGAAUUGGUCCGCAAGUUCAUUCCAGAGAGCAUUGGCAAGGAAAUUGAAAAGGCAACUUCAAGCAUCUACCCUCUUCAAAACGUUUUCAUCAGGAAAGUGAAAAUCUUAAAGGCCCCAAAGUUUGACCUUGGAAAAUUGAUGGAGGUUCAUGGGGACUACUCCGAGGAUGUUGGUGUGAAAUUGGAAAGGCCAGCUGAUGAGCCAAUCGCCGAGGCCCCUGCUGAAACUGCUGCUUGAACUUGAAGGGAAUUUUUCUUAGUUGUCUUGCCCUUUUUUGAUUUUUUACUAGUUCUCCAUAACUGUUUAUUUUAAACUCUGGAUGAUAGUUGUUCGAUGCUCUAGUUUAUCUGAGAUCUAGAAUGUUUUCAUCGAGGACUUGAUCUGUGCUUUAAUCGAGUAGGCUUAUAUUUUGCCUGGCAAA